AGAAGUUGGGGACGCCAGGUGGACCCCGUCACCGUUAUGUUGACCGUUAUGGACGUGCAUUCCCGUUCUGACCUGAUCCCCUGGCGGCGAUGACGAUCGUACUCUGGGAAUGCUGGUGUUUGAUGACGAUGUCAAUGCGAUCAAGUGUGGUGUACUUGAAAUGAACCUUGAACAAAUUGAGGGUUGAGAACAUAUAAAGAGGGCAAUGAGACCUCGACAACUGGAACAUCAUCACACACCAUCAAUCCACAUCAACAACUCUACAACACACUUCCAAACCAAUACCUCCUUCUUUUCAAGAACCAACCAACCAACCUUCAAAAUGCAGUUCACCAUCACCGCCGUUCUCGCCUUCGCUGCCACCGCUGCCUUCGCCGCUCCCCUCGAUGAGCGCCAGGCUGGGCUCUGCGCUUCCGGCACUCCUGUCUGCUGCGCUACCGACGUCUUGAACCUUGCCAACUUGGACUGCGCUCCUCCUGCCGUCACCCCCACCACCAUCAACGCCUUCAUCGAUGGAUGCGCCUCUUCAGGUCAGCAGGCCAAGUGCUGCCUCAUCCCCAUCCUCGGCCAGGCUCUCAUCUGCUCCGACGUCAACCCUACCGCUGCUUAGGUCGACUAAGCGCGUUUUGUCGCCUUAUCCAACACGGCGCGAAUAAUGUAUCUCGUCAAGAGACGAUCGUGCCUGGAUUGCUUGGAUACAUGUACACUACUUUUGUUUCGAAUAUCUAGUUAGGG